CCAAAAUGUCAACAAACUUUGCCGUCGUUCGCUUUUAUUUUUGUUUCAACACACGCACACUUUGGUUGACCCUCGUUAGCGCCCUCACUGGUGUGCGUGGGAUCAUUUUCCCGUCGUCGCCAGAGUGUGUGAACUGUGAAGAGGUGGUCUGUCAAAGUCCUCGUCGCAAGCCCAAAUCCGAUCCACAGAAGUAAAGUUGCAGGAAAAAAGAUGACUGCCUUCGUCGUCGCGUAAAAUUUGCACCGAAAAAGUGGUCAAACUUCCGCCGUGGUCGCCGUCGUCGGUGCUCCGAUUUUAAACAACUGCCCGCGGGGGUGGUUCGCGGUAGUUCUCCCCGGUGGAGUGUGUUGGGUGUUGGUGAACAUAGCAAAAGUGGCACAUCAAACGCAGAUUUUGUGGGUUGGUUGGGAAUUAUAAUCAUGUUCAGCAGCAGCAGUAGCAGUAGCGAUCUGCGCCCGGACCACAGUGAGGAGGGCCAAUUUUGUCGAUUGUGCUUCACCAAGUCGGCCGAGCUAUGUCCUCUGUUUCCUCCGGCCAGCAUUCCGAACAAGGUGCUGCUUCACAAAAUUUUCGACUGCACCACCAUAACGUUGAGUUUUCGAGACGAUCACAAUGCACAAAUAUGUAAUAGUUGUGUCGUUAGUAUUGAAGCCUUCUUCAAGUACAAAAUAAAAUGUGUGGAAAAUGACAAAUUGUUGCGGAAGCGACGAACAAAUUUCUUCGCUGGGAUAGGACUUACGAACGAUCCCGUCGCGACGCCAUCGAUUGCAACUGAAGGUGAAGAAAAACAGACAAAUAAGCAGUUGGAUAAAACAGAAGAUGACCAGAAGCCAGAAGAUGCCGACUCUACUAAUUGUGCGGUCAAGCAGGAACUCCUCGAAGAUGAUGACGACGAUGACGGAUAUUUUAAUCCGGGACAGUUUUUGGCACAGGAAACGCAAAUCGGUGAUAAACAGAUCGACCAGUCCUUACUGAACGGCGGUAACGAUGAUAGCAGUUUUGGACCGAGCAAUAAUUCUGGCAUGGAACGAGGCUGGAAAACAACUGAGUUUUCUCCACAGGUUGGUGGUUCUGUGCUGAAACCCCUCAAAAUAACCGAUUACUCAAAUCUGGACGGUAAGCGUGGAAGGCCCCAAACAUUCAUCACCACAGUUCCUACCGAGCGUCUUCUGGCCCGUCCCAACCCAUUCGCUGCAAGUUCAUUCCACACAUCCUCGCCGCUGCGGCAGCCGACUCAAACACAAGUACCACCACGAGGCUUCGAAGGCGCUUUCCGCCAGCACUUCAAUAUUUCUAACGGUGGUCGAUCCACCCACCAUGCUCCCGCAACUCAUCCGAUAAAUCCGCGCAACCCCAUGGGAGGGCGAUUCGAUACGUUCUCGUUGAGUACCAUGGAGCAUACCAAGAAGGUACAAAAGUUCCUCGACGAAGGAUUGCGUGAUCUGAUUUUGCACGCUGGAACACCGAAUCCGAACUUUGCCAUGGACGGCGGAUACACCAAUUUCAAGGUGGUAAAGGCACGAUUAAACUCGUACAACCUGAUCUUUGAGGGUAAUCGCUUUCUGCGGCGAAACAAGUCAUGCAGUGGCCUGCCGAAAUGGUACUGGGCAUGCAGCGUUAGUGGCUGUCCGGUCAAAAUUUGUAGCUACAAGGGUCGACUGUUCAAAACAAACGAUAAGAUCAACCACGUUCAUCCACCUACGGAGACAGAUGAAAGUGAACACGAAGUGGUCCUCCCGGACCAGGCCGAUGAAUUAAUGGUACAGCGUGAAUCCCCGGUACAACCCCGUCCACCACAACAGAUUACGCGUCCACCCUUACCAAUUAUUUCAGCUGUUAAGGAAGCUGUGACUGAACUUGCUAAUAAAGAUGAGGAGUAUGAAAGCCCUGAAUCGUAUAAGAUCAUUGAGGAAGAAGACAAAACCGAAGCUCUUAUAUAUAAGGAGCACAAAUUUAAACUUCAAAGUAGUAGGACCGAUGGUGUUAGAAUAUGGAAAUGUGUCACUACUCUGGAAAACGAUGACGUAUGUAGCGAUUCGAUUCGUCAGUUUGUUGAUGGCAGAAUAAAGUUAGGGAAAUUAAUCAAAAAGGAAAAAAUGGGUAACGAUGAGGCCGACAAUGAAAAUGAUGUAGAUGAUCUAGAAGAAGACAAAAGAAAAAAUCGAUCACCAAAAGUGGCAGUUUACAAAGGUUAUCAUUACAAGUAUUGUCACGCAAGACCUGAAGGUACACUCUACUGGCGAUGCAUGCUGAAGCAGGAUAAUAACUGUUUGGCGUCGUUGAAUACAAAGGCCACUUUUGAGUUUAUCAAUUCUAAUGAUCAAACACACAACCAUGAUCCUCCGGACCCAAAUAUAGAAUUAGAAAAUGCUGUCAAAUGCAAUAUCAAACCACCGGCCGAGAAACCCGCUGCACCAACCGCCGGAUCAACCGACUUCCAGCUGGUGAAAAGUGGCCAAAAGCGGGAGUUUCUUAUUUAUCAAGGGUAUCGAUACUACUUCCAGUACGAGUCCAAAAACGGUAAACGUUCGUACCGGUGUACAAUGUUCCGUAACUGUCCGGCUGGAGCGUUCCUCAUGCCGGACAACACAAUUGCAGAGGCUAAAAACUUUGUCCAUACACAUCCCCCAACGGAAGAUUUGGAAAAGUACGUCACUAAAGAUAGUUUAAUUACCAGUCCUAUCAAGGACGUUGAUGGCCAACCAGGAAGGCAGCAGCGAACAGCAGCCGAAACUGGUCACUUUCCUAACCUCAGUGACCCCGUUGCUAAUGCCGUUGCCAGAGAAGAAGUAGCCCGUGCCAAUGGAUAUAAAAUUAUUAAAAAUUAUAAGGGCAAAGACAUCCUUAUCUAUAAUGGUUGGCGAUACUUCGUGGACUACAAGAAGAAAAAUGGUGGACAAGUUUGGCGUUGCUCUUCCCACCGAUUGUGCCGAGGCGCGGUUCACUUGUUUCCGGAUGGUUCCAUAAACUACGCUAAGCUCGUGGACCACAACCACAUGCCCCCGAAACGAAAUCUCACCACUCCCAACAUGUCUGUCGAUUCCACUGGAAUGUCCAUGUCAGGCCUCAGCAACAGUUUCUCUCCUGGAAUGCUGCCGGAUUUCGCUUCGAACGCAUACACCCCACCGUACCACCGCUACAUUUUACACGAAGGACACCGGUUUCGAUUCGCUACCCGUAAACGCGAGGGUACUAUCUAUUGGCGCUGCGCUAUGAGGCUAGAAACCAAAUGUCCGGUAUCCUUCCAUACCAAGGAGGACACGUACGAGCUGGUCAGUAUGCGUAACCAGGAACAUAACCACCCGGUGCCGGAAGUUUGGCCCGAGGUGGCCGGUGGCCAGAUCGACGAGGAGCUUCCCGUGGUCAAGUUGCCGCAGGAGGAAAUCGGAACGUCGGAUUUUAUACUGACGAAAAAUUCCAAGGGACGGGACGUUGUGCUAUACCAGAAUGGGCGGUACUAUCUGGACUAUUCGCGAAAGGAUGGGAAGAUCGUCUUCAGGUGUUCGGCUGUGGCGGGUUGCCGUGCCACGGUUCUCCUACUUCCAAACAAGACCCUCGUGGUUAACAGAGAAAUGAUGCACACUCACGGUUUUCCACCAGUGAUGGACAACAUGAUGAACCCAUCGUCUCUUUCCCUUCGGAAUCCGAGCAGCGGGAACAAAUUGGACGAUGACAUUCAGCUGAUUGCACCGGCAGACCCAUUGGGUCUGGACUUGGAACCGUCUUCUUCGGCAUCAUCUUCAUCUGCAUCGGCUCAUCAGCUGCCCAAAUUCAUCAUCCACCAUGGCUAUCAUUACAAGUUUGUAUCUACGAAUGCCAGCAACCGGAUGGCCUUCUGGCGUUGUUCGAACUAUGAGGCUAAGAUGAACUGCCAGGCGUCCCUCUACACGACCCUGGCCGGACAAGUGAUACGUACUAACAACACGAUGCACAACCACAAAACCGAAGACUAUCACAAUAACUCUGCCAAUAACAGUCUGGCCAGGCGGAAAACUAUGAUCGGCUCGAGAGAUUACAAGAUCGUCAAAAACUGGAAGAACCGUGACGUGUUGGUGUUCCAGCAGUGUCGGUACUUCUUGCACUACGUUCGAAAGGACGGUCGUAAAGUGUGGCGCUGUUCGGCGAUUCGUAGUUGUCAUGCAGCGGUUUACCUUGGAGCGGAUGGCCGAGUGGACCAAGUCAAAGGUGAACACGUACACGACAUUCGACCGGAAGGCGAACCUCGUAGGAGAAGGCCCCGGAAACCUCGCCUGGAAUUGAUGCCACCGCAGACCGUUUCAGCUGGCAGUCAACACCAGCACAUGGGUGGCAAUGGAAUGGCACAUCCCGGUGGAAAUGGUAACGAAUGGAUCGACUACAGUGAUUACGGUAUGCAAAUGAGUGGCAGCAGCAAUGACAACAAUUCUUUGUGGGAUAGUUUCAACCCACACCAAAUGGCCGCAAUGGGAGCAGGAACAGCAGGGCCAACCCCGAUGGGCAAUAACGGAGAUAAUUUUGACUUCAGCUAUCAUUCUGUGUUUGGUAGCCAACCUAGUUUCGGUGACAGCUACGGAAUGGACGCUGACGACGAACCCCUUCCACUGGAACCGGACGUGAGUUUUCAGGAGAGUGACGAUCACUACGAUACCUUGGAAAACCAUCACGAUCUCGAACCGGUGGUGCAGAUGGUUGAGUAAAUGUUUUUUUUUUCUUUUAUUUUCAUCAUUAAGGUCAUAGAGUUAUGACACAAGAAAACCUAUUUAAUCAUUUUUUAGCAAACACAAAAGUUAGUUGGUAAGAGAAUCAACCGCAAAAUUACCUGAACAAACACUGUUUAUUUUAGUUCUUCAUUUUAUUAGGAUUGUUAAACAAUGCAAAUUCAUCUGCACAUCAAGAACUAAAGUAUUUGUUUUUAUUAUUUUCGUAGUCUUUUAUUCAAUGCAGUUUAUAAACCAAUUGUCAGAUACAGGAGUGUAAAAAAUAAAAUGCUCUGAAAAUUAACAGAAAAUGUAGUAAAAAUCCUUUCUUUCACGCCCCUUCUAAUCGGAAUAGUUGGCUAAUUGAAGAAUGUGCUGAUGUAAAAAAAGAGUAUAGACUAGAAUUAAAACUCAAUAGUUCACAUACUUUUCGGGUGGUCGAUAUGGAGAGUGGUUACAAAGGAACAUACUAUUUCUAAACAUUAUAGGUAAACCCAUUUUUAUUCGUUUGUAGAAUCGUAACAUAUAUUCAAUUUUAUUAUUUACACACCAACACUCACAGAAUCCACCACUCGACAUAAAAAGAUAAACCAGCACCUUACUGAAAGUAAACCCUGCUAAGGACAAAUGCAAUUUUACAUGCCCCUUUCCAAUGUUUAAGUACUAUACAUCUACACGAUGGAAAUAUAUAAAUAAAAUUAUAUAUGGUAUUUAUUAUUAGCUAGA